AUGGAGAAGACCAUCACAGAGUUGCAUAGGAUGCUUCAAACUGCUGAAAAGAGCAUCAAGGAUGAGAUUAAGGAUGUUCUUAUGGAAUUACAAGAAAUAUCUGGAUUAUCUGAAGAAAAACAAGGGCAAUUGCUGAACCAGGACAAGUACCACAAGGCCAAAGGAGCGUUUCUUAAUGGAAACUUGCUUGAGAAUGUGUACAUGACACAACCUGAGGGUUUUGCCAGUCUAGAGAAUUCUGAAAAGGAUUAUAGUAGUAGCUCGUGCAAGCAAGAGCUCGUGCUGCAGAAGCACAGAAUGAGGAGGAGGCACAUGAUGAGGCCUCUGUCCAGGGUGGAGGAAAUGAACCACUACCAGCGGCAGGAAAAGGCCGUGGACGAGGUCGGGGCAGAGCAACCAAGUGGAGAUGCAGAAUUUGCACAGAGAACAGAUGGCACAACUGAUAGGGACAUUAUUCUGGCGUAUAUGCGUUUGAAGCCAACAGAGUUUGAUGGUUCUGGCGACUCUUUAGAUUUUCUUGAAGAGUUUGGAAGAAUUCCUGAUCCUACCAGGCAGCAACAAGCUAGAAGUGGAAAUACUAGUGCUGUACAAAGUACCCCAGUGCAGUUUAGUGCAGGAAGAGCAGGUUCAAGCAGUCGAAGUUCAGGGAGUGCAAGAACAUUACCCCCAGUUUGUCAAAAUUGUAAGAGAAAACAUUAUGGUGUAUGUCAUCUUGCUACAAGAGCAUGUUUUGUAUGUGGCAGACAAGGUCACUUUGCUAGGGAAUGUCCGAUGGUGGGACAACAGGGUUAUUCAACCAGUGUAGUACAACCAUUUUAUCACCAGCCAAGACCUACAUAUUCUACAGCUUCUAGACAGGGUCCAGUGGGAAGUACAUUUAGUGGCCAGCGCGGUAGAGGAUUUGGAGGUAGAGGCGGAGGAAGAAAUGGUGGUGGUAGAGGUACUGAUCAGGCUCCCCAGGCUGGUAGGGGACAAGCCAGAGUUUUUGCGCUUAACCCUCAGGAGGCUCAAGCUGCAAAUGCAGUCAUGCAAGGUACUCUCCCUAUAUAUGCUACAGAUGCUUUAAUUGUAUUUGAUCCGUGUGCUACUCACUCAGUUUUGCGGUGA